CCUCCCUUCCGCUUCCGGUGUCCCCUAGAACCAUGGCUGCCGCCUCGCCCGCCGCCUCCGUCCCCACUUCUGCCGAGUCGCCGGUGGGGUCGCCGGGGUCUGUGGAUGAGGUGCCGCCCAAGACCAACGGCGAGAAGGCGGAGGAGGAGCUGGACGACGAUGACGACGACGAGCUCGAUGAGACCUUGGCUGAGAGACUGUGGGGCCUGACAGAAAUGUUCCCUGAAAGCGUCCGGACUGCCGCCGGAGCUACCUUUGACCUCUCCCUCACAGUGGCCCAGAAAAUGUACAGGUUUUCCAGGGCAGCUCUGUGGAUCGGGACGACCUCCUUCAUGAUCCUCGUUCUUCCGGUUGUCUUUGAAACGGAGAAGCUACAGAUGGAGCAGCAACAGCAGCUGCAGCAGCGACAGAUACUCCUCGGCCCUAACACGGGUCUCUCUGGAGGGAUGCCAGGGGGCCUGCCUCCACUUCCUGGAAAGAUUUAGAGAGAAUCUGCUGCAUCUGACUGUGCUUGAGGGGGAAAAGUUUCAAAUUCAACUGUUAGCAAAUUGUUGGUUAUUUGAAACGGUUUUGCUUUUUCUGGGGCUUUUUGGGGCAUGUUGAACCAACUGAACACUAAGAGCAGAAUCCUCCCCACCCCCUCUCUCGAGGCAUCCAUCUUUCUCUGCCCUCCACACUGGCAUGAGGUUUAUUCUUCAGUCCUCCCACUCUGAUACAAGUGAGUGCAAAGAUGCAGUGACCCCAGCUCUGGUCUCCCCGUCCCCAUUGCUAAGCUGCUGUCAAUCAAGGGAUCCCUUGCCUUUUCCUGGGGGAACUGAAGUCAGCAAGAAUGUGCUUCUGACCAUUGCUUGAGAACCAUGGUGAAGAGGCCGAAUCAGACCCAGGGCAUCAAGUGUGGGGCUGACAAGAGUCACUGUGAAUUUGUGGGUUGUAGAGGCCACGGGAGGGCAGAGUGAAGGAUGAAGGAGGCGUGACUUCCUCCUGGUGUGCUGUUUUUGUUCGCCCUCUAGAGCAAUGUGUGUAUGAGAAAAUCAGCACUAACAUUUUGUAUUAAAUAUUAAAAAUAAUUCCAUCUCCAA